AUGAGCCUCUUUUCCCUGAAGGAAAGCGCCUCUAAGGAGGGUGGUACCGGGACCUACUACCUCCCUAGUCGUCCCAAUCAUGUUAUCUUCAGAUUCUCUAGUAGUGAUGAUGACUGGAGGAAGAAGUAUUUUUACGUUAAAGUUGAUCCUUCGACGGUUCCUGUGGGUCGGAACCUUAGGGUCACUUGGACUAAUCCAUCUGAAAUCGAAGAUCCUCCGAAGCUCUCUACCAAGCUCACCAGGGCUCUAUACCGCAAGUUGCAGCAGAGUCCCUGUACCUGGGUAACCUACACCACUUCUCGAAUAAGUGCAGCCAGAUUCCCAGAUACCUACAACGCCUCUUUCCAAGAUCCCAUUCCUGCUGAGAACCUUGAGAUUUUGGCAGGCGAUUCAGUUGUAUCGAUCUCAACUGGUGCUAGUGCUUCGGGAACUGAAAAGUCUCAGCCAGGUGACAUGACUCUGCGACCAUCAUUCCGUUCUAGGGGUAACCCCUCUAAAGCUGCCAGUGCUUCUCGUGGAAGCGACAGGAACCAAGGAGGAUCGUUCCUUAUCUCAAUGAAGGAAGUUUUGGACGACGGAGGAUCCAAACCUGUUGUCGAGACUACUCCAACUGAGGUUGUAGCUCAGGAUGCUGCUCCUCUCCCUGAGGUCCAGGUGCCGGAGGCUGACUACCAGGCUCCGAAGGGUACCUCUGAGGUCGAGCCGUCGAGACACAAGAGGCCCAGGACCGAUCAGGGCGGAGCUCCCACCCGUUCUUCUUCCUCGUCCUCUAGAGGAGGGACUGUUGGGUGGAGCUUUACCCAUUCGAAGCCUGGGUCGAUCCUGGACGACUCUUGGGGCCUAGCUGCGAUAAUGAGGCACCUGAAGAGCGUGGGAUGUCCCCUUCCAGCGCUCAAGGACCUGACUAACCGAGAUGAGUAUCUCGAUAUUGCCCACUGUAUGGGUCAGUUGGCUGGGGCUGUUAGCAGGGCCCAGCUCAGGUUUGAGAAUGCUCUGUGUGCUGCCCCCAAUGCUGGUGAACUUGCUGAGGUUACCGAGAUGGUUAAGGCAGCCAAAGCCGAUCUUGACCAAGCCCGGGUUCGAAUUUCUGAACUCGAAGCCGAAGUGACGAGGCUAGGCUCGAAGGCCGAUGCUCAGCAAGGAGAGAUCGAGAGUCAAAAGCUCGAUAUCCAGGUGAAGAGCAGGAGGAUCAAUGAUUUGGAGGCUGCUCGAAAGAUAGUUGAGCAUCAAGUACGUGAGCUCAUUUCCUCAUCCCAGGAUAGCCAGAAGGACAAGGAAGCUGAAGUCAAGCUGGCUGUCAGGGAAGGGAAGAAAGAAGUCGCCGAAGCUUACGGCAAGAUCCUGGUCUGUGUUAAGGAGAAGUUUGCUAGGAAGAAAGAUGAGGUCAACGCCUUGGUGUACGCUCAGGAGCUCCAAGCUAAUGCCGACCUCUUGAAGGAUAUGCUGAACAACAAGAUCCAAAACGUUGAAGAGGAGUACAACCAAUUGGUGGCCUUAUUACCAGAAGCGACAACUGCGUAUGAGAAGGCUCAAGUCUCUGACUUCUCGGUCAGCAAGCUUCCUCUUCCCAGAUCUCGGAGAGUUCAGUAUGGCUCUAAUUUGGGUUUGAUGGCUCCUGACUUAGCUCCAGUCGAGGCAGCAAUAGGAGGUGAUGGCAAUGUGGUCGAUGAGGGAGUUCCUGCCGGUGCUGGUGAUCCGAUUCAGGAAGAGAAGGAAGAUUGA